ACACCUUGACGCGCCAGCUUCUUUUUUCUAGUCACUUUUUCUCCCUCCGUUAGAGUCACCUCCACAGCUCCACGGUGUCACAGUCGGACCUGUAUGGCCCCAUCAUCGGUCUGGAUGUCAGCUUUGGCCAAAAGUGAAGAUCUGUCCUCACGCUCGGUGCUCGUCACCAAAGACGACAUGCAGACCAGCCUGAGCCCCACAGAGGACGCCGGGAAGCCCAAAGUGGCCAUUCUACCCUUCAGUGUCGAGGCUCUGAUGGCUGAUAGGAAGCCGAGCAGAGAGGCGCCUUCACCCGAUGGUCCCUCCGUAGCCGGGACGUCCCAGUCUCUCGGGAAGGGGAUUCGAAUGGGUCCGUUUGGAGGUUUGGAUCCUCCCGUGCCUGCUGUCCCCAUGAGCUCCUCUUUUUCAGUGGGCGACCUCAUGAACAUGCAGGAAGAUGUGUUGAUCAAACCCGAGAGUCCAGACAGCCACGAGAGGACUUCAUGGAUCCAGAGUCCUCGUUUUUCUCCAACGCCUCCUCGAAGGUUGAGUCCUCCAGCGUGUCCUCUGCGGAAGCACAAAACCAACCGGAAACCUCGUACCCCGUUCACAACAUCCCAGCUGCUGGCCCUGGAGAGAAAGUUCCGCCAGAAGCAGUACCUCUCCAUCGCCGAGCGAGCAGAGUUCUCCAGCUCCCUCAACUUGACAGAGACGCAGGUCAAGAUCUGGUUUCAGAACAGGAGAGCUAAAGCCAAGAGACUGCAGGAGGCAGAACUUGAGAAACUGAAAAUGGCAGCCAAGCCCAUGUUGCCUCCCGCAUUUGGGAUUUCCUUCCCGCUGAGCGCGCACGUCCCGGCGUCCUACGCGGGCUCGCAUGCCUUCCAGAGGCACUCGCUGCCGGUCUCCCCGGUGGGACUGUACGCCGCACACGUCGGAUACAGCAUGUACCACCUGGCUUGAUGGACACGAGACUCGGGGUCGGACACUUAUUACACACAGUGGGGUAAGACUCUCCUUUUUUUGGAAGGAGUUGGAGGACCCGAAGUUUACCCACUUCCCUCAAUUUUGCUAGUAAGUUCUCACAAAAAGAUGUUCAAUCACGUUGCUGCUGUCAGUUGACCAAACAACAGCACACAGUGAUUGACGCAUCUUCUUCUUGUUAUUUUUUUAUUUUAUUUUAUUUUUACAAACAUAAGGGACACUUAAAAGACAAUUUUGUGCAGCAGGUUUUUGUGUUGGGCUGCUGCAACAGUUUGUAAAGCAUUUUGCAUUCACAUCAGUGUCCAACAAUACUUUGUAAAUACGACAAACAACAGCAUUUUUUUUUCUAAAAACAGCACUGUUGUUGGAAUGCUUCCCUUCGCAAGGGAUACGUGUACUGUAAAAUAAUGUAUAUUUUGAAAAAAAAUACCCUCAUUUAUAUUAUGAAUAUAUUUGUGACAUAACUUAAUAAAUUGUUUAUUCUUUUGCAUUUGUUGGUAAA